AACGAAACCACUUGUGGAUUCAUAAUUGCAAACUUCUUCGUAUAGUUCACAUCAUCUGUCAGUGAAUUCUACAAAUAUAUUAGAACAUAUAAAAGUGACAAAGUGUCAAUAAUGGCGGAUACUGCAGUUGAAAAAAGGAUUAUGUCUCCCCACAAUGCAAACAUGGACAAGAAGGAUUCUGCUUACAAAAGGAGCAACAAACCAUUCAUGGAGAAGAAACGAAGAGCAAGAAUCAACAAUUGUCUCACUCAGCUGAAAUCACUCGUCUUGCAAGCAAUGAGAAAAGAUACCAAUCAGUACUCGAAGCUGGAGAAAGCCGACAUCCUGGAGAUGACAGUGAAACAUUUGCGCCACCUUCAGCGGCAACAUGUGUCGCAGGCUAUGACCACUGACCCGAACACAGUCACCAAGUAUAAGAGCGGCUUCAACGAAUGCGCCAACGAAGUGGUUCGCUACCUUGGCUCCGUGGAAGGCGUCGAUUCCCAGGUGCGCACUCGACUCGUUUCCCACCUCGGUAACGUGGUUACUAGAGUAAACAGUCAGACUCCAGACCACCAGCCACAGCAAUUGAACGUUCAGAUUCCGCAGAUGAAUCAACACCAAAAUGGACAAAACUUACCAAAUGGUUGCCUGCUUAUGCCUGCUAGCGUGCAUACGUCACCACUCGUGCUUCAACCCGUUCAAAAUGUUACAAACGUUUCUAACGUGUACGCGCAAGGACAUAAUACCGCUCAGCAGCAAACGACACAUCCAAAUUCUCAGUUCUACAACUCAUUCCAGAUCUCAACAUCGCCAGUUGCGGUGUACCUUGGACAAUCUCAGGUGCAAACUUCACAACCACAAACUAUAACAUCCUCGCCGGUAAUGUGCAGCGCUCAAACCACAGUUCCUGUUUACACUCCGCGAUCUCCGCCAAGAACAAAGGCCAGUCUUAAAGCUUACGACUCGUCUGCUUUUUCACAAUUGUCGUCUGGUUCUGAACAUUCGAACAAUUCAUCGCCGUCGUGCUCUCCGGUGUCACGUGACACGUCGUUUUCGUCACAAUUUGAAUACGCCGUCAACUGCGGACGUACGCCAAGCCCGCUCAAAGUUGAAGACGUCUGGAGACCAUGGUAAACAUUUGCGGCGGCAGACGACAAUGAACUUGUUUGUGUAUAACGUACUCAUGUGCUAUCAACUUUUUAACGUCAUGGCAUAUAAAGGUGGUGUGAAGAUCAUACCCUUUCUCUUAUAUGAUUUCUGCCCUUUUAUACGUAUUUAAUGGAAGCACAAUUACUUUCAAUUUCUGUCAUACAUGUGAAAUCAUCAGUGUUUUCUCGAUGUAAUGAGAACGAAAUGUUGGGCUAUAUUUGCAAUAUGAUGUUGUUUCUGUUGUAUUAUUUUGUUAAAAUAUCAGGGAAUCUUUCUUUGAGCAGAAGUUUGUUAAACUUGUUAUAUAUUGUUAAAUGAUCUUUCCAAAUAAUGUUUUACCGAGUACUGAAAAUAUUUUAGUGCCGUAACAUUUAGUGCUUCCAAUUACUCAUACAAUUGUAUCUGUUAUUGGCAUGUUGAAUACCGUUUUUGUGUGUUUGUAAAUGAUUCAUGAUUAUUUUACAAUAACAUGUAUAUUUGCAUUAUAACUGGUAUCGAAAAGUACAGAAAAACUAUGAUAAAAAAUAAUAAAAUUCAAAUACAAAUUUA